AUGGCUACCGUGCACCCCGAAGUUACCUGGGCGCAGCGCUCUUCGGCCGAUGAUGCCGAGCGCAACUACCUCUACGUGAGCAUCAAGGCUGCUCAAGUCCCCAAGGAGAAGGCCGAGCUCAAGCUCACCCCCACCAACGUCUCUUUCACUGGUGCCUCCGGCAAGGGCGUCACAUACUCCGUAUCGCUGGACCUCUACGCCGAGAUCGACCCCGAAAACAGCAAAGUGAACCACACCGAGCGUGAAGUCGAGCUGGUUCUGCGCAAGAAGGAGCUGAAGGAGGAGUUCUGGCCCCGUCUCCUGAAGGACAGCAAGAAGGUUCACUUCCUGAAGACCGACUUCGACAAGUGGGUCGAUGAGGAUGAGCAGGAUGAGGCUGGUGAGGAUGACUAUGCCAACAACUUCGGUGGCAUGGGCGAACAGGGCGGUAUGGGUGGCAUGGGCGGCGAGGGUGGCCUGGGCAACAUUGACUUCUCCAAGCUCGGUGGCAUGAUGGGCGGCGGCGAAGGUGGCAUGCCUGAUCUGACCAGCAUGAUGGGUGGUGCCGGUGGCAUGCCCGACCUCAGUGCUUUGUCUGGCGGCGCCGGUGGUGCGGCUGCUGAGGAGGAGGAGGAUGAGGACCUUCCCGAGCUCGAGGACGAGAAGUCCUCCAAGAUUCAGGAGGUUUCUUAA